AAAGGUUAAUUAAAAUAAAUCGAAUUAGGGUUUCAAUGAACAUUGAUUGCACAGUUAAUGUUUCCCACCAAAUCCAAUCCUCUCUGAGCCUUUCCUCUUCAAAGCUUUCAUCUUUACUUUGCAUGAUUUGAUCCCCAAACCAAAAAAAGUCGAUUCCUUUCUUUCUUGAUUCAUCUCGCGAUGACUGAAGUCCUUCACUUUCCUUCAUCCCCAAGCGCCUCCUCCUCCUCCUCACCUUCCCCAUCCAAUGCCACUCUCCUCCUCACCUCCGACCAUCGCCGUUCAAACCCAGUUCCCGGAUUCCCCCAAGGUGUUGACUUUCACCGCUCAAUCGAACAGCAAAAUCAAGAUUUGGUCGACGAAGACGACGACGACGGGGAAGGUCAGCAGAUAUCUUUGCUGGCGCUCCUGGUCGCCAUUUUCAGGAGAUCUCUUGUCGCUUGCAAGAGCAACCGCAGGGAGCUCUGUAGCAUGGAGAUCGGUUGGCCCACCAAUGUCCGCCACGUGGCGCACGUGACUUUCGAUCGGUUCAACGGCUUCUUGGGCUUGCCCGUUGAGUUCGAGCCUGAGGUUCCCAGACGAGCUCCCAGCGCUAGUGCAACAGUCUUUGGGGUUUCAACGGAAUCGAUGCAGCUAUCGUAUGAUUCAAGAGGCAACUGUGUACCAACCAUACUCUUGUUGAUGCAAAACUGCUUAUACGGUCAAGGAGGCUUGCAGGCAGAGGGUAUUUUUAGACUCACUGCUGAGAAUAGUGAGGAAGAGGCAGUAAGGGAGCAACUAAACCGAGGGUUUAUACCGGAGAGAAUUGAUGUUCACUGUUUGGCAGGGCUUAUCAAGGCGUGGUUUAGAGAACUCCCUACGAGUGUUCUUGAUGUGUUGUCCCCUGAACAAGUCAUGCAAUGCCAAACGGAAGAGGAAUAUGUCGAGCUCGUUAGGCUUCUUCCACCUACUGAGGCUUCUCUGCUUGAUUGGGCCAUCAAUCUUAUGGCUGACGUUGUUCAGUACGAGCAUGUUAACAAGAUGAACUCACGCAACAUCGCUAUGGUUUUCGCUCCUAAUAUGACUCAGAUGGAUGAUCCAUUGACAGCGCUGAUGUACGCGGUUCAAGUGAUGAACUUCCUCAAGAUGCUGAUAGAAAAAACUCUAAGGGAAAGGCAAGACUCUGUAGUAGAGCAAGCUCACGUUGUACCUUUAGAACCUUCUGAUGAGAGCAGCGGUCACCAAAGCCCUUCACAGUCUUUGGCUUUUGAUCCUACUGAACAGAGUGAAGAGACGCAAUCAGAGUACAUUGAAGAUGCAGAGAAUCAGAGUCCAAGCAGCAGUGAGAUAUCAGAUGAAUCAACCUUUGAGAACACUGCCAGGAGUUACUCAGAAACAGAGAGAAAAAGUAGUGUGCAAGUGAUGGUCAUGGCUCCUCAGGCUCAGUGGCCUGUGGGUAGAACGAAAGGUUUGAGCAACUUGAGCCGUGUAGGUUCGAGGGUAGAGCGUACUGAAGCUUGGCGGUGAAGACAAAGGAGCAGAGCAAACCCUUGAGGAGCCUUUAAAAUCAAAUUGUUGGUUGACCUGUUUUGUAUUUGUUAAUGUUCUGUUCAUGUCGUUUCUAUUCUUUUUAUCCAUGUUCUCAGUGUGCUUUCUUUUUGUUGGACCGUCCAUACCAAUGGUUAAUCAAACUUGUAAACCAUGUUGAACCGGUCUCUCUCGGGCCUUUGACGAUGUUAUGAUGAAACAUGUUCUUCUCAUC